AUGUCUCAAUCUGUAAGGUCAACUGGACAGAAGGAUCCGAAGUCGGCAAGCGACCAUUUUAGAGCGCAGUUAUCGGCGGCAUUGUUUGCUCGUCUUACCCAAGUAUCUACGGCAAUCACCCAUUGUGAAUCCAGCCUACAAGAUGUCCAGAAAACAAUAGAGGACUCUCGUUCUAACGUUAAAUCGACGACAAGGACGUUACUGGCCCUGCAAUCGGAGGCAUUGAAAAUAAAUGGUAUUACUAUACCCAGAACAAGAAACAUUGACAAAUGGCCGACUGCAGUAUACACUCCGGCGGAUGCUAAUAGAAAAGAACAAUAA